AUGAGUAACGCCAACAACGCGGCUAGCAUAGCUGCUUUAGCGGCGUUCAACGCAGGGAAGAAGAAAGAUGCUGUGGUGAAUGCAGCAGCAACGCCAAGAUCGACUACACCUCAGAGUCAAAAUAAACCUCAAACACAUCUUCUGCAACCGCCGCCACAGCCCAGAAGAAGUGACACAACAAAAACGGCACCCAAAAAAUCAGGAAACACACACACGGAAGUGCCAUCACAAGUAUCACUUCAGCCUGCAUAUAUACCAGAUAAUCAACGACCCCGAAGCCGUGAUGGUUCUGAUUUUGAGGACAGAGCUAGUGUUGAUAGCAAUGCUUUAGAUUACUUUGCUCAAACACCUCGCCAAGUUUCACGACGACACUCAUCUAGGCUGUCCCACUAUCUGCCAAUGUUACUGCCACAAUCUCCGAGAGAUAUGAUCAGCAACGUAAAGAAUUCAAUUGACUCGAAAGCUAUCAACAACGAUGCCAACGCUAAGCGAUUGUCACUUGAUUAUUCACCGCACGAAAUGUUGAAAAAUCUCAAGGAUUCGCUACACAGAAAAUCACAAGCACAGAAUAUCCCCAAGACAAUGGAUGCCAGAGGUCAAACUAUACUUGAUGGAGUUAGGGAACGUAUUGAUGAUAAUAUGAAAGAAACAUCGCAUAAUUUGGCCAAUCUUAGUCUAAAACAGUAUGAGUGGCUGAAGGCUAACUCAGACGCUGAAUGUGGGGAUAAUCGAGAUCUGAAUGAUUUACAGUCCUCAUUUGAAACAUGUCCAACUGAUGUGGAUCCGAGAAGGAAGUCGAGUCGUCAACUGACACCUACUAAUGGACGCGAAGUGAGAAUUGACGUGACUGAUCAUGAUGCAGAAGUUCAGAAUGGGCAAAACGACAUCAACGAUGCAACUAUCAAAGUACCCGUCACUGUGCCAGAGCCCGACUACUUAUCUGAGGCUGGUCUGCUGCUGCCAGUGGCGAAUAAAGGUGCAAGAAGGAAACCACCGCCUCCAUCUGACGAAGAGCUGGACACGAUAGCUCGGCACACAACUUCAGAUACAGACAAUAACGACGAUUUGUAUUUUAACCUGAGUGAUGGGUUUUCCGGUGAUGAGCUAAGGAAACAGAUGCAACUAAAUGGGGUGUCGCUGGAGACUUUUUCUAGUGGAGAAGUAGUGCUACCACAAGAUGACAUGGUAUCAUUCACCGAUAAUGAUGAAUCAAGUCAACCACAGGCGAUCAAAGUGAAGGACACCAAGUUUCCUCAGUUCCCUGAUGUGAGGAAGCAUCAUCAGCAUUUGUUCGGUAUGAGGCGCCACAGAUUGAAAGAGGGUGACAAGUAUCAUCGAUAUGACUCAGGCGCCAAUUCUGAUGAUGAAUUGCUGGAGUCACCCAGCCACCAACUCAAGCCAGCAGCGCCAUUGCCACAACAACAACUAAAGGCGCAAGUGCACACCAGCACGUCUAAGAGUAAUCUGCAGCCAGUACAAUUCAAAACAACCAUGCGGAAGACGAAUAAACGUAAGGACCGGAAAACUAAAUUUGAUGAAUUAAAACCUUGGAAAACCCACGAUGAAUUGAAUUUCCCCACUGAUGUUGAACGUAAACGAUAUGAAGGUGUUUGGGUAAGUAAUAAGGGGCUCUAUAUGAAUUCGGUGGUGACUAAAUUGACUGGUGUUGAUAAUGAUGGAACCGAUGGGGGAAAAUCCACUACCGAGCAUGAUGAUUCAAUGAAGGCGGCUUUGAUAUCAACCAAUGUUAUCCAACCCGAUGUUAAAAUUGAAGUUAGUGACAAAACAGACCUCAAGAAGCGAUCACAUGAAGAAGAUGAUGAUAAUGGUCAUGAUGAUGACAAUAACGAAGAAACACCAGUAUCCAAAGCUGAAGAAGCGGCGAACAAAUUGCACAGUUUAAAAAAAGCUGACAGAAACCAGUUGAUACUCGGCGCAGUGGUGAAACGAAUCUGGAAUCGAAGUCGAUUACCCGGUGACAUCUUGGAACAAAUUUGGAACUUGGUUGAUUUUCGUCGCGAUGGAACAUUGAACAAAAAUGAGUUUCUUGUAGGUAUGUGGCUUGUUGAUCAGUGUUUGUAUGGGCGUAAAUUACCGAAAAAGAUUGAGCCUAUUGUCUGGGACAGUCUAGGUGGAAUUGGAGUGAACGUGAAUUUGAGUCUGAAUUCAAGAAGAUGGAAGUAG